UUCCUCUAAUCAAUGACUUCACCUGGUCGAUUUGCACACAACAACAACAACAACAACAACAACAACAACAACAACAACAACAACAACAACAACAACAACAACAACAACAACAACAACAACAACAACAACAACAACAACAACAGCAACAACAACAACAACAACAACAACAACAACAACAACAACAACAACAACAACAACAACAACAACAACAACAACAACAACAACAACAACAACAACAACAACAACAACAACAACAACAACAACAACAACAACAACAACAACAACAACAACAACAACAGUGGAGCAUUUCGGAUGAGCCUUGAUGACGCAUCGUACACAAGAGGUGCACAGCUUAUACAAUACCAACCCUACCAACCCUCGCCAGGCUCAUUUCUGCGCACGUGACUCUCCACCUCAUUGUGAUCUC